CGGUAAAGCAGGCUUACCUGUCUUCACAAUAUAACCGAGAAAGGUUUGGGGCGGGCAGUUAUCAUCUCCACGGCUCCACCCAUAGGAGAAACAAAAGAAGAAAGAGAAGACGAAAAGUAAAUCGGCUGAGUCGUAGUUUCGAGAAAUUGACCAGAUUACACAUCUGUGAAAAAAUAUUUUGCCUGCUCAGCUCAUGCCUAUCUCUGUUUAAAUCAGUUUUUAUCUACCCAUAAAGAAAAUCUUUCAGUUUUUACUCUGGAAUCAUAUCUCAUGGCGUCCAAAUUCCGGCAAAAUACUUCUUACUCUGCAAAUCCUAUUGGCCUUACGUUUGUCUUCUCACCCAUCCCAUAUCCAUAUCCCUCUAUUGUGCAAAUGCUCCUGGCUUCUGUGUGUCCUCCACAGUUGCCGUGCAAUCCUGUAGGUGUUUUACGGCUCAAUCAGACGUUGUAGACAGCAACCAGUGUGUUCUGAGCAAACAUGGUUGAGGAUACUCCAGGAGCAGAAAUGGAAGAGCGAGUCGAUCUGGAUAGUGACAACUACAUUGAAGAAAUGGAUGAUGAUGUUGAAGAACCGACGGAGGACAGAGUGGAUGGAGCUGAGGAUGACCGAACAGAAGACGAACAAGAGGCCUCAGAAAACAACAAGAGUGGAAAAGAUUCAUCCCCUGAAGCUGAUGAAGCUCAACAUGCCAUUGAAUCUGUAGGAAAUGAAGAGAAGCUCAAUCCUUCAAUUAGUGAAGAUGAAAGGGAGAAGCGUGCAGAGCUUCUUGCCCUCCCUCCACAUGGGUCUGAGAUUUUUAUUGGUGGUCUUCCUAGAGAUGUCACAGAAGAAGAAUUGAAAGAUCAAUGUGAAUCCGUUGGUGAAGUUGCUGAGAUAAGAUUGAUGAAAGACAAGGAUAGUGGAGAAAGCAAGGGCUAUGCUUUUGUGACCUUUAAGACAAAGGAUUUGGCACAAAAGGCUAUUGAAGAGUUCCAUAAUAAAGAAUUCAAGGGGAGAACGUUGAGGUGUUCUCUGUCUCAAGCUAAGCACAGAUUGUUUAUUGGAAACAUUCCAAAGAGCUGGACAGAAGCUGAACUUAGAAGGGUCAUUGAAGAGAAUGGUCCUGGAGUUGAAAAUAUUGAGCUCUUAAAGGACCCACAAAAUCCAAACCGUAACCGUGGUUUUGCUUUUGUUGAGUACUACAACAAUGCCUGUGCUGAUUAUGCACGACAGAGAAUGUCAAGUGCAACAUUUAAGCUGGAUGGCAACACCCCCACUGUCAGCUGGGCUGAUCCUAAGAGUGCACCUGAUUCUUCUGCUGCUGCCCAGGUUAAGGCUCUUUAUGUUAAAAACUUACCUGACAACACAACACCUGAACAAUUGAAGGAAUUAUUCCAACAUCAUGGAGAGGUCACAAAAGUUGUCCUGCCACCUGCUAAAGCUGGGCAGAGCAAGCGGGAUUUUGGAUUUAUUCAUUUUGCAGAGAGAUCAAGUGCAUUGAAGGCUGUAAAAGAAACAGAGAAAUAUGAACUUGAUGGCAAUGUCUUGGAUGUUUCCCUUGCAAAGCCUCAAAAUGAAAAGAAAUUUGAUGCGGCUAAUUUGUACAAUCCUGGGAUUCUCCCAAAUUACCUUCCGUAUCCUGGUUAUGGUUUUGCUGGAAAUCUGUAUGGAACUCUAGGUGCUGGAUAUGGUGCUGCAGCCGGAUUUCAGCAGCCAGUCAUAUAUGGUCGGGGGCCCAUGCCAGCAGGGAUGCAGAUGGUGCCAAUGGUACUGCCGGAUGGUCGACUAGGCUAUGUUUUACAGCAACCUGGUGCACAGGCUCCCCCACUUCCAACUCGGAGGAAUGAUCGAAGCAGCAGCUCUGGUGGACCACAAGGACGAGGAGGAAGUGGUGGUAGUGAUGGCAACCGUGGCAGGAGAUACCGUCCUUACUAGUGGCUGCUCAAUAGCAGGUUCUUGUGGUUGGAUAAACAGUUACAGGCUUAUAGCUAACGGGCAACAAAAAGUGGGAAUUGGGCUAAAAACUCCCAUUUGUUGUCGCCUUAAAUUUUCCAUAUUUUGUUUAACUUAUAUUUGGCAGAAGGAAUUUUAUAGGUACGUUGUGUUUCUCAAUUUGUCUCCCAAUGGAUGGUAAGGUGCCUUAUCAUCA